AAAGAGAGUGGGGCCGAGGGCAGGUGGGGCACGCCUGGUCCUUUGCCGGUGCUUCUGUAAGAGACGCCACAUAAACGGGGUCUUGCAGGUGACCACGAGUGAACCUGAGCACGGAGAGCCCUCGAUGCCCCGAGCAGCAGCUUCCCGGGACACAGAGCGCAGUCCGGAGCCCUCCCGAGCCCACCGAGCCGUGCCCGGCUCCUCCGCUGCCGGCGGCUGGGAGCUGCCCGCUCCAGAGGCUGCCGGCCUCCCGCAGGCUCCUGCGGAAAGCCUGACGCGCCGGGAAACCUUGUAAAGGUGUCUUAGUAGUGCAGUGGGCUGCCCGGGGAGGUGGUGCAGUGACCGUCCCCGGAGGUGUUUAAGGAAAGCCUGGACUUGGCGUUCGGUCACAGUGAUACUUUAUGGGAUCUUGCUAUAGCCGAAGUGAAGAAGAGAGAAAACCCUGAUAAUGAUGAUGAUGUCAAGCCAGGGGAAGUUUGGGAAAAAUCAAUACUAUUUAUGGGCAACAAAAACGGGGGAAAGACCACUAUCAUACUGAGGUGCCUUGAGAGGGAAGAGUCUCCAAAGCCAACAUUAGCCUUGGAAUAUACUUUUGGAAGGAGGGCAAGGAGACACAAUACACCUAAAGAUGUAGCUCAUUUUUGGGAACUAGGUGGUGGAACCUCAUUAGUGGAACUCAUUCGAAUACCAAUCACAAGCCACAACAUAAGGUCGUUUGCUGUAGUUCUGGUAUUGGAUCUCUCCAAACCUCAUGAACUCUGGACUACUAUGGAGAGCCUUCUGCAGGUCACCAGGAACCAUGUGAACAAAAUUUUAACCAAACUAGAAAAGGCAAAUCCUGAAGUAGCUGCUGAAAUUAAACAGAGGAUGUGGAACGAUCUGCAGAGGGAUCACCCCGACUAUGCAUUAGUUGACCCUUUUCCAAUACCCUUGGUGAUAAUUGGAAGCAAAUACGAUCUUUUUCAUGAGUUUGACUCUGAAAUGAGGAAAAUAAUAAGCAAGACACUUCGAUUCGUUUCACAUUAUUACGGAGCAUCAUUAGUGUUUACCAGUAAAUCUGAGGCUCUCCUGCUGAAAGCCCGUGCUCUUAUUAAUCACUUGGCAUUUGGCUACGAUAAAAGCAAGUCUGUAUCAGUGGAUCCCAGCAAACCUCUCUUUAUUCCAGCAGGCCUGGAUUCCAUGAGCCAAAUAGGACCACCACCUGCCUCUGACAGUGAUCUUGGAAAGAUGCAUGCCACCACGCCUUUGGAACUAUGGAAAAAAGUAUUUGAGAAAACAUUUCCUCCCAAGAGUUUCUGUGAUUUACAAGAUACCAAGGACCCUGCACAGGAUAUUCAAUACACCGAGUAUGAAGUUGAUGUCAUGAGAGCUCAGAAAAACCAGGUGUGUGGUAAUUCUCCAACUGCUGUUCACAGUCAGGAACUUGAACAAUACAAAAGAAACGCCUCUAAAUCCUGGAAAGAAAUGGAUUUUGAUUCCGAUUCAUGAACUGCUCUGUCUUCAGUUUAACACAAUUGACUAAAUUGUUUUUAUCAUUUUUACAUUAUGUUAGCAAUCUCAUCUGAUGCAGUUGAAAAUAUAUAGUAUCAAACUACAAAGUUAAUAUUUAUUCAGCAUCCCUGUUGUUAAUUUUCAUAAAAGGAACUGUUUAUUCACUCAGUCCAAAUUUGCACUUGCACUGGCAAUAUCUUGGCACUGGCAAAGAGUUUUAAAAAGUGAGGAGAAAGGAAUUCUACAUUGCUCUCAGAUGAGUUUGUAUAUGAAGACUGGCAUUAGUCAGUCCUACCUAUUUUAUAACACAUUAUUGGGUUUAUGUUUGAAUACUUCUAACCCUAAGCAUGUAUUUAAAUAUAAAAAAGUUUUUUUACACCCAGAAUAUAAAACUAUGUAGUGUGCUAGGCAUCUUUUUGUAGUUCAAAACCAAAGCUUAAGAAAUACUUGCAUAAUUGCUUGAUAUAUUUGAAUAAAUAAAUAAAACUGGCAAAAUAAAGUGGGGUUAAAACCA